UUUUGGAUUGUCUGGCAGGGUGACGGUCUCACUGAUGUUAUUGAUACAGUCGAAUUGAUUCUCCCAGAUCAUCUCAUACUUAUGAUAACCACUGCGUUGUCCACAUGGACUCAUUAUUUCCUUAUGACUGGUCCGUAAACCAACUUGCACAGUUGUAAACACAAACCCCCAUCCAGCUGUAAGCGCUGUUGUGUGUUUCUGAGUUCGUCGCCACUAGAAACCAAUGAGUUUUGUAAGAUUCGUUGACUAGAACACGGAAGUAGGGUUGGGGAUGAGUUAGUUUUGAUUUUGAACAUUAUUUUUUUUGGGGGGUGGAAGUAAAGAAAGAUCACUGAACUCAGGACCAGUCGGGGGCUCUUUGAUACCAAAGACUCCAUAUCCACUCCUUGCUGUGUGAAAAGUGAAUGUGAUCAGGAGGACCCACAUCAAGAAGCCAUACGAGCUGAACACCCAACUCUCAGUCCGCUGAAAUAUGUCUAAACUACAGUCGUUUCGUGUGUUUUUAAAUGAUCGUUUAACGGCGGCUGCUGUGGAGAUUUUCGGGGAAGUUGAGAAAACGGUAGUGAAAUACCAGGAGGAGAAUGAUCGGCUACGGAGACUGCUGCGGAGGACACCAAAGAUACAACUAUCUCGAAUAGACUCCCUGCAGCUCUCUGUCUCUGAAGAGGAGGUUCCCCCUGAGCAGCAGGAGUGGAGCCCCAGUCUGGGGCAGAAGGACCCAGAGACCACACAGAUUAAAGAGGAACAGGAGGAAGUCAGGACCAAUCAGGAGGAAGAGCAGUUUCAAGGGCUCGUUGAUACCAGAGACUCCACAUUCACUCCUUCCUGUGUGAAAAGUGAAUGUGAUCAGAUGGACCAACAUCAAGAAGCCAUACUAGCUGAAAACCCAACUCUCAGUCCACUGAAAACGUCUAAACUACAGUCGUUUCGUGUGUUGUUAAAUGAAUGUUUAACGGCAUCUGCUGCUGUGGAGAUUCUUGGUGCGGUUGAGGAAACUGUAGUAGAGUACCAGGAAGAGAAUGAUCUGCUACGGAGACUGCUGGGGAGGACACCAGAGAUAAAACUAUGUAGAAUAGACUCCCUGAAGUUCUCUGUCUCUGAAGAGGAGGUUCCCCCUGAGCAGCAGCACUGUGAGCGGGAGUGGAGCCCCAGUCUGGGGCAGGAGGACCCAGAAACCACACAGAUUAAAGUGGAACAGGAGGAAGUCAGGACCAGUCAGGAGGAAGAGCAGCUUCAAGGGCUCUUUGAUACCAAAGACUCCAUAUUCACUACUUCCUGUGUGAAAAGUGAACGUGAUCAGGAGGACCCACUUCAGUCCUUGACUCUUCCCCAAAACCAGACUGUGGAGAACAGAGAGCGUGAAUCUGAACCAGUGGAUCCUAAACCUUUUGGCACUGUGACCCACAUAAGGGGUAUGGACAUUCCCUGUGACCCUCCAGAUAAUCAGAACAAUGCCUCAGCCAUAAGCAGCAACCCAGUAGGACUUGACAGCAGCCCACCAUUGGAUCCCAGCCCACCAUUGGAUCCCAGUCCACUAUUGGAGAAACACUGUUCCAAACCCAGCACCACAGCUAGAAGAACUCACCACUGCCGUGACUGUGGUGAAACGUUUGCUCUGAAAGCUGACCUGCAGAGACAUGUGACUCUCACCAAGAAGAGACCCAGUGAAUGCUGCUUCUGCAAACAACGCUACAACUCUACCUGUAAACUGAAGGCCCAUGUCCGACUCUGUCACGGUGGGAAACCCUGUAUCUGCCCUGUUUGUGGCAAGACCUUCAAACUCAAAGGAGAUCUGUCCAAUCACAUGAGGAUUCACACAGGAGAGAAGCAAUUUAUCUGUGGUGACUGUGGGAAAAGCUUCAAUCGCACGGAUUUCCUAACCAGGCAUAAACUGACUCACACAGGAGAGAAGCCAUUCACCUGUGGUGACUGUGGGAAAAGCUUCAAUCGCAAGGAGACCUUAACUACGCACAAACUGACUCACAGCAGAGAGAAACCAUAUAGCUGUGGUGACUGUGGGAAAAGUUUCAAUCGGAAGGUGAGCCUAACUGAACAUAAACUGACUCGCACAGGAGAGAAACCAUUUAGCUGUGGCGACUGUGGGAAAAGCUUCAUUCGGAAGGUGAGCCUAACUGAACAUAAAUUGACUCACACAGGAGAGAAACCAUUUGUCUGUGGUGACUGUGGGAAAAGCUUCAAUCGGAAGGGGCACCUAACUGAACAUCAACUGACUCACACAGGAGAGAAACCAUUUAGCUGUGGUGAUUGUGGGAAGAGCUUUAUUCAGAACAGGGCACUAAAUAGACAUAUACUGACUCACACAGGAGAGAAAUCAUUUAGCUGUGGUGACUGCGGGAAGAGCUUUAGUCAGAAGUGGGACCUAAGGAGACAUAUACUGACUCACACACGAGAGAAACCAUUUAGCUGUGGUGACUGUGGGAGAAGUUUCAAUCGCAAGCAGACCUUAACUACGCACAAACUGACUCACACCAGAGAGACACCAUUUAGCUGUGGUGACUGUGGAAAAAGAUUCAUUCAGAAGGGGGUUCUAAUGAGGCAUAUACUGACACACACAGGAGAGAAACCAUUUAGCUGCGGUGACUGCGGGAAGAGCUUUAUUCUGAAGGGGGACCUAAGGAGACAUAUGCUGAUUCACACAGGAGAGAAACCAUUUACCUGUGGUGACUGCGGGAAAAGCUUCAAUCGCAAGCAGACCUUAACUACGCACAAACUGACUCACACCAGAGAGAAAUCAUGUAGCUGUGGUGAUUGUGGGAAAAGCUUCAAUCGGAAACAACAUGGCUGCUCAGUCUGUGAUAAAAUAUUAAUUCAGAAGACUAAUCUGCUGACACGUGAAAAACAUCCACAAAGAAAGUAAAUGAGGACACAGAGAGGGGACUAAGAGAGUAUUGAGAUACACCUGUGGACCAACUCUAACUGGUCCUCCUGAUCCUGCUCAGUCCAAUGUCACAGUAAUGAUAUAAUGGGGCUGUUGUCUGAACCUGACAGGUAAUGUUGCUGCUCUUUGUGUAUGAAAUGGACAAUCUGCAGUUCAGACAACCACCACUUUUUAGGUGAACAACUGAGGGAUGGGGUUGGAGAGUUGUGAACAUUCAAUGUCGUAGUCAGAUAUGGAUACAAGAUGUCCAGAUGUAAUGUAGGAUUCCCAAUAGGUGGCCCGUUGGUUGAUUUUAUUUGGCCCCAAGUUUUCUGAGCAAAACAAGAUAAUCUAUAGAAUAUUAGUAUUUAUUUCUUAUUCAUUGUUGGACAUUUUAAAAAUGUAUUUAGGGAAUAUGUUCCCAAGUAUUCGCACAUGUAAAUAGAUUUACAGUAUCAGUCAAAAGUUUGGAUACACCUGCUCAUUCAAGGGUUUUUCUUUAUUUUAACUAUUUUCUACAUUAUAGAAUAAUAGUGAAAACAAACUAUGAAAUAACACAUAUGGAGUCAUGUAGUAACCAAAAGUGUUAAACAAAUCAAAAUAUGUAAUAUUUUAGUUUCUUCAAAGUAGCCACCCAGAUGUAUCCGAUCUCAAGAAAUUGUACAAAACAUCCCCCUUAUAUAAUCAAUGUGAGCAUUACAUAAUUAGGGGAGUAGUGAUUGGAUAAGGGGAAUGUUUUGUAACCAGGGGAGUAGUGAUUGGAUAAGGGGGAUGUUUUGUAACUAGGGGAGUAGUGAUUGGAUAAGGGGGAUAUUUUGUAACCAGGGGAGUAGUGAUUGUAGAAGGGGAUGUUUUGUAACUAGGGGAGUAGUGAUUGGAUAAGGGGAUGUUUUGUAACCAGGGGAGUAGUGAUUGGAUAAGGGAGAUGUUUUGUAACUAGGGGAGUAGUGAUUGCAUUAGGGGGAUGUUUUGUAACUAGGGGAGUAGUGAUUGGAUAAGGGAUGGAACUAGGGGAGUAGUGAUUGGAUAAGGGAGAUGUUUUGUAACUAGGGGAGUAGUGAUUGCAUUAGUGGGAUGUUUUGUAACUAGGGGAGUAGUGAUUGGAUAAGGGGAUGUUUUGUAACUAGGGGAGUAGUGAUUGGAUUAGGGGGUAUUCCCUUAUUCCCUUCACAUUUUCAAACAGUACAAUUUAUAUUUUCAAUGGGGCUAUACAUUUGGGUGAGUUUUUUUUCUCACCUGAGUAGAGUCGUUUCACUGCCAAAAAUAAAAUUAAACCAUCUAGUGUUCAGUGAAAGAACAACACAAUGUCAACUACAGGUAGCCUAGUGAAAUAAUGAACAUCCAAUCACAUUAACCGUUACUCGGAAACCUUCACUCUUGUGCAGAUAUUUAGAAAUGAAACAUGACAAUUUGAAAAAUAAGCUGCAGGAGUUUUUUGAGCGAGAAUAAAGAUGACUUUCGAGUAGUAAGACAUGUAUAAAAGCAACAGAUACCAUUAAUAAGGUCCCGUUUGGCUCAGUUGGUAGAGCAUGGUGUUUGCAAUGCCAGGGUUGUGGGUUCGAUUCCCACGGGGGACCAGUACGGAGAAAAAAAAAAUGUAUGAAAUGUGUGCAUUCACUACUGUGAGUCGCUCUGGAUAAGAGCGUCUGCUAAAUGACUAAAAUGUAAAUGUAAUAAGAAGGGGCUAGAAGCGUCUUGUAUGGUGAGUGGCUAGGACAGACAAGCCCCAUGCUAUUGUGGAGGACUUAAUUCUUCCUGCUGCCGCGGAUAUGGCUGGGACAAUGCUGGGGGAAAAGGCCCACAAAACUAUACAGACAAUGUCUUCAUCAAACAACACUGUUUCACGACGCAUCAGUGACAUGGCAGGAGAUGUUUUGAAACAAUUGCUGCUUCGCAUACAAGCCAGUGAAU